GUCCCACAGAAACACGUUUUGAAGUCAAGAAAUGGCCCCCGUCGUUUUGCUUUACAGUCCAACAAUUUGGGAAAGUCCGAAGACUACAACCUUAUCUUCCUCCAAAUCUCGUAGAUUUCUAUGUUCAGCUGUUCACAUACGGGAAAUAUAGGAUUCUUUGUAUCAUUAGCCCUCAGAAAUCAGAAAUCUCGGCCGCCAUCGUUUUUUUAAUUUUCUUCAACUCCAUAUAUUUUUUUCUUGUAUAUAUAUAUGUAUAUAUAUAUUUACAUCUGCCAUUUUUUAUGUAUUGAACAUUUCUCAUUAAGUUAACAUAAAAUAUUAUGGCUCCCUGGAUGACAUGGAAAUUUUUCCUACUCAGUUGUUUCAAGGCCAAGAGUCUGCCUACAGAAACCAGGUGUAAAGUGUUGAAACAAGAUUACGUCCAAAGGUUAUCACUUGCUGAUAUAAGUGAUCCCGGCUCGCCGCUUUCGGCAAGUGAUCUCUCUAAUUCUGUCAUUGCAUCAAAUCUUCAUAUUUUCACUCUGGCAGAACUUAAAGAGAUUACACAUGACUUUUCAUCAAGUAAUUUUCUUGGUGAAGGUGGAUUCGGGCCGGUGCACAAGGGAUUUGUUGAUGAUAAGUGUAGGCCGGGAAUGGAGACUCAGCCUGUUGCUGUUAAGUUACUUGAUUUGGAUGGCACACAGGGCCACAGGGAGUGGAUGACUGAAGUCGUCCUUCUCGGGCAACUAAGGCACCCCAAUCUUGUGAAAUUGAUUGGGUAUUGUUGUGAGGAUGAGCACAGGCUUCUUGUUUAUGAAUACAUGGCUAGAGGAAACCUUGAAAAUCAAUUAUUCCGAAGAUAUACUACUUCAUUGCCAUGGUUGACGAGGAUAAAAAUUGCGGUUGGUGCUGCAAAAGGCCUAGCAUUUCUUCAUGGGGAAGAGAAACCAGUGAUAUAUAGGGAUUUCAAGACUUCAAAUAUACUGCUAGACUCUGACUAUACUGCUAAGCUUUCUGAUUUUGGGCUAGCAAAGGAUGGUCCGGAAGACAAUGAAACUCAUGUGUCAACGCGAGUCAUGGGCACCCAUGGCUAUGCAGCACCUGAAUAUGUUAUGACUGGUCACUUGACAACGAUGAAUGAUGUUUACAGCUUUGGCGUGGUUCUCUUAGAAUUACUCACUGGGAAACGGGCAAUGGAUAAGAACCGUCCUGCUAGAGAGCAGAAUCUGGUGAAGUGGGCAAGACCUUUUCUGAAGGAUCCUCAUAAGCUAGACAGAAUAAUGGAUCCAAGACUUGAAUGUCAAUAUUCAAUUGAAGGAGCCAAGAAAGUGGCUGCAUUGGCUUUUCAAUGCCUGAGCUAUAACCCUAAAUCCAGGCCAACAAUGAAUCAGGCUGUGAAAAUCUUGGAGCCUGUCUUGGAAUUGAAUGAUAUCCCAGUUGGUUCCUUUGUGUAUAUUGCUCCCACAGAGGGUAAACUAGAAGAGGGUGAUCCAAAGGAAGUACAACAUGAACAAAUUAAUGAGGAAAAAUUGCAAGGAAAUGUGAAUGAAAUCAAUCAAGAAGAGGAGGAAAGAAAGAAAGAGAGAGGGUACAAUCAGCGACGAAAAGGUUACAGGCAUAUGCAUAGACUAAGGUCUCGUGCCAUCUAUUCUGAUACUGCUCUAUAUAAAACGACAAGGAAUGAAAUGAAAUAUCCCGUCUCUAGACGGUAUUGAGCUGGAACAACCUGUUCCAUUCUCAUUAUGAACACAUGGCAGUGACACAAUAGAUAAAAUGUCCACGAGAUACUGAGUAUAAACAUGGAAAAGUUGUGAUCAAAUUUGUUUUAAAUCUUCUAUUCUUUGUUUGUUUUUUAGCUUGUCCCGAUUUUCUUCUUACA